GCGGGGUGUCACGGGGCCGGCGCCGCCGCCGAGUUGCGAGUCGGCGAAAGCGGCGGGAAGUUCGUACUGGGCGGGAAGCGGCGGCCGGGCGGCUCGGGUGAAAAUGCCACGUGUGAAAGCGGCUCAGGGCGGAAGACAAGGCCCCGCCAAGAGACAACUCGCGGAGCACUUUGCGGCCGGAGAGAUCAUCACCGACAUGACGAAGAAGGAAUGGAAGCUGGGCCCGCCCGUGGGCCAGGGCGGCUUCGGGUGCAUCUACCUGGCUGAUACGAAUUCUUCAAAAUCUGUUGGCAGCGACGCACCCUGUGUUGUCAAAGUGGAACCCAGUGACAACGGACCUCUCUUCACCGAGUUAAAAUUCUACCAGCGAGCUGCCAAGGCGGAGCAAAUUCAGAAGUGGAUCCGCGCCCGCAAGCUGAGGUACCUGGGCGUGCCCAAGUACUGGGGCUCCGGCCUGCACGAGAAGAACGGCAGGAGUUACAGGUUUAUGAUAAUGGACCGCUUUGGGAGUGACCUUCAGAAAAUAUAUGAAGCAAAUGCCAAAAGGUUUUCUCGGAAAACGGUCUUGCAGCUGAGCUUAAGAAUUCUGGAUAUUCUGGAAUACAUCCACGAGCAUGAGUACGUGCACGGCGACAUCAAGGCCUCGAACCUCCUUCUGAGCGUCAAGAACCCUGACCAGGUGUACUUGGUCGACUACGGCCUGGCCUACCGCUACUGCCCGGAGGGGGUUCACAAGGAGUACAGGGAGGACCCGAAGCGAUGCCACGACGGCACCCUGGAGUUCACCAGCAUCGACGCGCACAACGGCGUGGCCCCGUCAAGACGUGGCGAUUUGGAGAUACUCGGCUACUGCAUGAUCCAGUGGCUCAGUGGACACCUUCCUUGGGAGGAUAAUUUGAAAGACCCCAACUAUGUUAGAGAUUCCAAAAUCAGAUAUAGAGAAAAUAUUGCAAGUUUGAUGGACAAAUGUUUUCCUGAGAAAAACAAGCCAGGUGAAAUUGCUAAAUACUUGGAAACAGUGAAAUUCCUGGACUAUGCUGAAAAACCUCUUUAUCAAAAUCUACGAGAUAUUCUUUUGCAAGGACUUAAAGCUAUAGGAAGUAAGGAUGACGGCAAGCUGGACCUCAGUGUUGUGGAGAAUGGAGGUUUGAAAGCCAAAACCAUAACAAAGGCUCUUCCCAGCCCAGGAAGAAACCGAAUUGUUGAUGCUGCUUUGAAGAGGAAGAAGGAGCAGGCGGAGGACGCGGAGUCUGACGCGGAGGAGAUGAGCUGCUGCAGCGCGCAGACGGAGGACGCCGUGCAGACGCGUUCAAAAACCAGAAAGAGAGUCCGGAAAUAAAUCAAGUGCCAUGAACCAGUUUUUUUUGUUUUUGUUUUUGUUUUUGCAUCUGAAUUUUUCUGUUUUCAGUGUUUUACUUUCAUAUGAGUCUUGUGGGGUAGGGGUAGCAAUGAAGUACCUAUGUUUUUGGAAAAAAAAUUUUUUUAAUUGAAAUAAAUACUUUGUACAAUUUAUUAAAGACUAGUUUAUGAAACUUCAAAAUCUUGAGGUUCUGCUCUUUAAGUUAUCCCACCCACGUGUUACGUCUGUGGCUCUGGAAGGUAUCUGAGAAAAACUACUGUCUGUGGCUUGCACUUUUCUAAUUGUGUGUGUUUCAUAGAAUGUUUGUCAUAGUCCUGAGGAAAUCUAGAAUAUAAAAUAAAAGUCUUUUUGCUUGA